AACUUAUAUUGUUUUUUGCACUUUUCUCUCUCGCCGCAAAACCUUCCAAUUCAAUUCCAAUGGCGGCUUCAGCUUCAUCUACCACCCUAAUCGCCGCCAAGACCUCCUCCCUCUCAUGGAAGAGCAACCUCUCUUCCGUGGCGGCGUUCCGCGUCUCCACUACUGCCGCUUUCCCCCGCCGCCGUGCUCUCCGCUUCGUGGUGCUGGCGAUGGACGCCAAGCCCACCGUCCUCGUGGCCGAGAAACUCGGGGAGGCUGGGCUCAGCCUGCUCAAGGAGUUCGCUAAUGUCGAUUGCUCCUACAAUCUCAGCCCCGAGGAGCUCUGCACCAAGAUCUCGCUCUGCGAUGCGCUGAUUGUCCGCAGCGCCACCAAAGUCAGCCGCGAGGUCUUCGAAUCCUCCGCCGGACGCCUCAAGGUCGUCGGCCGGGCCGGCGUCGGUAUCGACAACGUCGAUCUCGCCGCCGCCACUGAGCACGGCUGCCUUGUAGUGAACGCGCCCACUGCCAAUACUGUGGCCGCUGCCGAGCACGGCAUCGCAUUGCUCACCGCCAUGUCUCGAAACAUUGCCCAAGCCGAUGCCUCUGUUAAAGCCGGAAAGUGGCAGAGGAACAAAUAUGUUGGUGUAUCCCUUGUCGGAAAAACACUGGUUGUUAUGGGUUUUGGGAAGGUUGGAUCUGAAGUUGCUAGACGAGCAAAGGGGCUGGGUAUGCAUGUUAUUGCUCAUGACCCGUAUGCCCCAGCUGACCGAGCCCGUGCCAUAGGAGUGGAACUUGUGAGCUUUGAUGAAGCCAUUGCAUCUGCAGAUUUUAUCUCACUUCACAUGCCUCUUACUCCUGCCACAUCUAAGAUGCUAAAUGACGAAACUUUUGCUAAGAUGAAAAAAGGGGUCCGAAUUGUCAAUGUUGCUCGUGGGGGAGUAAUUGAUGAAGAAGCAUUGGUGAGGGCCAUUGAUGCAGGCAUUGUGGCACAGGCGGCUCUUGAUGUUUUCACCGAGGAACCUCCAGCUAAAGACAGUAAAUUGGUACAGCAUGAGCUAGUAACUGUGACUCCACAUCUUGGCGCUAGUACUAUGGAAGCUCAGGAAGGAGUUGCUAUUGAAAUUGCCGAGGCAGUGGUUGGAGCUUUGAAAGGAGAGCUUGCGGCUACUGCUGUUAAUGCACCUAUGGUUCCAGCUGAGGUAUUGACAGAGCUGAAGCCAUUUGUUGUUCUUGCUGAGAAACUCGGUAGACUUGCAGUCCAGUUGGUAACAGGUGGGAGUGGUGUGAAAACUGUGAAAGUAACAUAUGGUUCUGCCAGAGCUCCUGAUGAUCUUGAUACCAGGGUUCUUCGUGCCAUGAUAACAAAGGGUCUUAUUGAGCCCAUCUCCAGCGUCUUUGUCAACUUGGUUAAUGCAGAUUUCACUGCCAAGCAGAGAGGAAUCCGAAUAGCUGAAGAACGAGUUCUUCUUGAUGGUUCUCCAGAAAGCCCGCUCGAGUUCAUUCAGGUUCAGAUUGCCAACGUGGAAUCCAAAUUCGCCAGUGCCAUUUCUGACUCCGGGGAGAUCAGGGUGGAGGGUCGUGUCAAAGAUGGAGUCCCGCAUUUGACAAAGGUGGGUUCCUUUGAAGUAGAUGUGAGUUUGGAAGGCAGUAUCAUCCUCUGCAGACAGGUUGAUCAGCCAGGUAUGAUUGGCAAGGUGGGUAGCAUUUUGGGCGAGGAGAAUGUGAACGUGAGCUUCAUGAGUGUCGGGAGAAGUGCUCCAAGGAAGCACGCUUUAAUGGCAAUCGGAGUUGAUGAACAGCCCAGCAAAGAAUCACUGAAGAGGAUUGGCGAAAUCCCUGCUGUUGAGGAGUUUGUUUACCUCAAGUUAUAAGGCCAUAAAUGCUCUCAAGCUUCCAUUAGGUGCCAGUUUUUGUAGUUCUGUUUUGCUUACAAUUAGCUUCUAUUUGCGGGGAAAAGAGAGUGAUUUGCAUGUGCAAUUAAGAUAUGUACUGUGUAUGCACUGUUGAGAGCUGUUCUCAUUGUCUCAGUUAAGUAUCUUUGUUUCUUGGCUUAAUCAUUUCCAUUGCUUA